GCUUUCAGCUAUCUCAAGGCUACCUCCUCAUUCGCAGAUGGACUGUGGUAACGGCUUCAAGAUAAAUUUGGAACAUUCUUCAGAAAAUCCUCUUGUUUGUUCAGUGUGCUCAGGUCGUGAAGUGUUUGGUAUAUUACCUGCUUGUCUGCAUGUAGUAUGUGUAACAUGUGCAGAAUAUAUGCGUAAGGAUGAUGUAUACCGUUGCAUUUUAUGCAAAGAAUCAAGCCAAAAGAUUAUCAGCAAUCCUAACAUUUGUAAUUCCGAAAACACCAAUAAGUCACCCACAUGCAAUUGGUGCCAUGACAAUGGAGAACAGACGAAAUCAAUCGGACAUUGCGAAGAUUGUGACAUAUGGUUAUGUGGAGAAUGCCUAAAGGGUCAUAACAGAAUGCCUCCAUUACGUAACCAUAACAUUACACUGCUUUCAAAAAGCGAACAUCUAGGCUCACUACGAUGUGAAGCACACCCGAACGAAGCACUAGAAUGCUUCUGUGAGGCUUGUGGAGUAUUAACUUGUCGUGACUGUCAGCUAUCAGUUCACAGAGAUCAUGGAAGCCAUCGGUGGGUUGGAGAAAAAGCUGUUCAACUAAAGGCUCCUUUAGAAGAGGGCAUUCAAAACCUCAAAGAAUCAGAAAAAAAACUAUCUUCUGCCUUACUUUGUGCUACUAGCGCUCGUACUUGCAUGGAGGACAGCUUCAUAUUCAGUGUGGAAAAAGCUCGUCAAGAUAUCAAGUCACGGACGUCUUCCCUCAUUGAUUGCAUUCAAAAUCGUUCUGAAUGCCUCUUGAAUGAACUUGACAAAAAGGCAGAUACAUAUAUUGGUCGACUACAGGAGACGGAGAAUUUGAUACGUAAGCUCCAGGAACAGAUAAAUUUUGCGUCGGCAUUUUCUAGUCAUCUCAUUCAAAAUGUGGACAAUGAUCCUGCUAGCUUAGUGCAGUUGUAUGAAACUGUCAAACUUCGACUUGAUUUGCUUCAAAUACUGUCUGAACAAGUUUUGAGUGAUUCGCCGUCCGUAAUUGAUUCAUUGGAUCAAAAACUGAAAGAUCGAGUUAAAGAGUCCAGUUUAUGGUCUGAAAAUGUUAUUGGCUGGCAUACUAUGGUCAAUACACGAGCAUUGUUUCUUGGCACCUGGGAUGCUGAGGAAUUAUGUCGAUAUUCUGGAACAAUAGCAUGGUUACCCAAACAAGCUAAAAAUACCUUUUCUCUCAAGGACAAUAAUCAAACAUUUGGCAGUCAGGUAGUUGUAAAGACAGAAAAUGGAUUAUCGAAAAAUAAUGACUUUGCAAGUAAUCAACUGUCUGCUGAUACGAAUGAUUUUCUGGAUUCUCUAGCAGAAUUGGAUGGUGAUAAAUGGAUAUGUGGAGAAGCUAAUGGUGAAUCUAAUUCUUCUCCAGUGGGAUGUGCUAUCUGUUUUGGAGUUGGACUACUCGCACACUGUGGGCGUUGUAACCGGGCAUAUCACUUGGAUUGUCAUUUACCUCGGAUAAACAGUAUUUCAUUAACACCUAGUUGGGUUUGUGGUCUAUGCGCCGACGAUGAGGUUGAUUCAGCUGUUCAUGCUGAGCAGGCAGUAAAUGGAAGGUUUUCACGCAGUGAUUAUCUAGCAGGGUGUCGAAUUUUAAUGGGUUUGCUAGUUCACGAAGAGGCUGUUCAUUUUACUGCAUCGGUUUGUCCAGCAUGUUCGGUUCCCCUACUAUCUACUAGUCAAUCUAUGCCUCAUUGUCCUGAAGGUCAUCUUUAUCAUCGUCUUGCAGAACUUCGGUUAUACUUAGAAGAAGCAGCUUCCACUCCAAAUGGUCGUUCAGAUACAUAUUCCAAUCCUUAUUCAGACAGUAAUCAAUGUCAUUUCACUUGCCUCAGUGAUUGGCUCAUAGAGGUAGAUAAAUUUUGGUCAGAUGCUGCUAAAGAAACUAAUUAAUAGUUUGACAGAAAUAAUGCUAAUUUUCAAUACAUAAAGGUUUUUGAAGAAUUCCAUUAGCAUUACGAAUUGUUGCAGGCUUUUCAAAAUUGUGUAAAUCUCUCCAAGGAAUGUCAAGGUUAUUGAAAUGCUUGUUCGUAAUUUUAAGUCAUCACAUGACGUAUUAUUAUUGAAUUGAAGUGUUAGUAUAUGUGAACAAGGUAACUAAUGCUAAGGCUGUUAAAGUAACAGUUUUCAGAUGGACAAUCCCGUUUCCCGUCAAUUUCCUAACCCUGAUCGAUGAUUAAUAAAAAGGCAAAUUAGUACAGGGAAACUGAGAAAACUGUACUUCUGAAUAGAUAAAGAUUCGUGGCUCCACUAAGGGGUGUCUACAAGCAGCACGUCGGCUUCGAUCUCGUCUAAACUCACUUGUUCGUGAACAUCGACCGGACUGUGAAGCUGUUUUAUCGGGCAAAACAAUAGCUAAUGAUUUGAUCAGUGAACCACUUAGUAAUAAUCCAUCUGUUGUAGAUAACUAUGUACCAGAGCCGUAUGUAUUGAAUACAUCUCCCGUUCCUGUGAAAAACGAAGUUGGUGAAUAAUAGUUCAGUAAAAGCAUCAGCACUUGUAUAACCCGGUUAACUAAGCAAGCAAGCAGUUCAAUAUACACUCCCUAGCAUAUGUACACUAUAUAUAUUUCAUAUUGUAUUAUCCCAUUUUUGUAUAUGUACAAGUAUGAUUGUUUUUGCAUAUUCCUUACUUUGUUAAGCAAGUUAUCUAUAAGCUAUUCUUUUUUUGUACACUAUACUUGAUAUUGUAUUUUAGUGUUACGUAAUCUUUUUGUUACUUGACAAUAACACUUUAUCUCUUCAUUUCCCAAAAUGUAUGGAAGCAUUUAUGUAUUUAUAUAUCUGUUGUUUCGUUGAAUGCUCUAUUUUGAAUGAUAGUUUUUUAAGGGGGAUACAUAACCAAGUGUGUAAAUCGUCACCUGUUCCUCUUCUACUCUAAGGUAUCCAUAAUCUGUUUCGCAUAUAAAUAUCUUAGUUGAGGACUUCUCAUAAUAUUGUCAAGUCAGAGUCUGUGUAAAGCUAUAAUUAAAACAAAUACAAAUCAACCUUCAACAAUUUAUGUUUUAAACAUUAGCGGUGACCCAACGUAAUAAAAUAGGAGUACAUUGAUAGUAAUAAACAGAUUAAAAUAUUUAUGGACUCGCGUUUUUUAUACGAAGUAGUUGUAUCAAGAUAGACCACACCAAUGUU